AUGGAGGUGAUGAGGAGUAAGAAUUUCAACAUUUACACUAAUGAUGAGCUCGAUGCAAUGGACAAAGAUACAUUACAAGAAGAGAUCGAUGAUCUUAAAGAUUAUCGUAUUCGUGAGAAAGAGUAUUUGUCACGUGUUAGAGAUCUUGAAGAAUUACUUCUAAUCGUGAUGAAUAUGAUUACUCUUGGAGAAAAUUCUGAGUUUGAAUUUUGCGACAGCUUGGAUCCUUUUUCUGAAGGCAUUAUUUUUAGUGUUAUGCCGCCGAAAAAGUGUUGGAAUAAUAUUUCUGAUGGAGAAAAGACACUUGGUUCUUUGGCUUUGAUAUUUACUCUACACCAUUUCAAACCUAACUUGUAUGUUCUGGAUGAAAUUGAUGCGUCAAUCGUUGUCAACAUUAUUAAAGAACGUACUAAGUUUAUCGUUAUUAAUUUAUGUGAUAAAUGUUUGGAUUAG